AUGAUGGCUGGUCUGGAGAAUGAGCAUGCUGAGCCGUGCAAGAAACAGCGUCAAACGACCGUUCCCGAUUUUUUCAAUGCACCUUCCAGCCAAUGCAAGACUUUACUUGGCAGUAACAAGCCCAACAUCCAUAUCAGCCCAGAGGCAGAAGGCCUUGUAUGCCCCAGCGAACUUCUUGUACUCUCAGUUGGCAAUGUGAAUCCGGUAGGAGAUUUUCGUCAACUUUUAGAGCAGCGAAAAGAGACUGAGGCCUGCGAACAGAUGAAUUAUCGUAUUUUCAAGUUCGUUACUGAUCCAUACACAGCCUGGAUAUCUCGGUCUAAGACAAGGGCUUGUAUUCGUGUCUAUCGGCAGGCUGCUUGCCUGUCUUCCGCCUUUAUUACUCCUUCGAUAUGUGAAUCAUCCUCAGGUUCGAGACAGCUUGUUGUGGCCAAGGCCUACAAUCAGUUUCUGCACGAUUUCCGCCGAAAAAUUGAGUCUCAACCAUAUGUCGUGCAGGCUAGUGCCGAUCCAACUACAGCCUUGGAUAAACGUAGCCUGCUCACAGCCUUCUGGCAAGAUGUGAUUGUAAAAGAAAAUUUGAGUCUUAUAACUGAGACAGAGAUGCCUGGUAUCGGCGUUUCUUCAGAAGAAUCAACUGAGUUUAUUCGCCUUUUCCAACCAGAUUUAUCUGUUGGCCACAAAUCUUGA